AUGAUCACCACUCCCACCUUCGCUGAGAUGGAGGACACGGCUCGCGCAGUCAUCCUCUGCCUCAAGAAAUGCCCUGAUCUUGCCCAUACCAAAGUGGCCAUCAUCGGAGGCGCUGCUAUCUGCAGAUAUGUUGCUGAGCGUCAGCCAACUGACGACCCAGAGCUAACUGAGGAGCAGGACGUUGACUUCAUGAUCACCAUCCCCAACGCGGAGGUGGCACACCGCAGAUUGCUGCAGGCCUUCGACACCAUGUUCACUGAGUACGAAGGCUGUCUGUACUAUUCUCACCCAGGGGGAAAGCAGAUCAAGGUUGACUUCAGCACCAACUGCCGCCUGCCCUACAUGCCCAUGGCGGCAACAAUCGUCCGAGACGUCGACAUCGACUGCCUCCCCUACAUCGGGCCAACCGACCUGCUGGUGCUGUCCAUCCGCCUCUGCGGCCAGCGUAACAGUGAGUACUCCCACAUCGACCGCGACUCUGCCGACGCGGUUGCCCUGGCCGAGACCAUCGUCAAGGAGGGACCUGUUGUCCUGUCUCCCAUCCAGCGCCAGGUCAUCCGUGAAGAGCUGGCUGAAGUCGUUCACUGGGGUCCCAAGGACGAGUCCUGGUGGAGAGGCGUGCUUGCUGCUGCCUUGAGCUCCAAGGACAAAUGA